AUGUCGACGUCCUAUAACUUCGCUGGCCGCCGAAUUCUUGUCACCGGAGCGAGUCACGGAAUUGGGCGAGAGUUGUGUUUGAAAUUGGCGAAAUGCGGGGCGCACGUUUUCGCGAUGGCGAGAAAUGAAGCGGCGUUGAAGAGUCUUGAAAAGGCCUCCGAGAAUAUGCGACACAAAAUCACAAUUGUCGUCGGCGACGUCACCGCUUCCGAGGAGAAUCUGAGACGCCUCAUAUUUCCGUGUUUUCCGCUUCACGCGUUGGUCAACAAUGCCGGAGUCGCCGAGAACGCUCCCGUCGGACAAAUUGCUCAAUCGAUGUUUGAUAGAACCUUCGCUGUCAAUGUCCGUGCUCCAAUAAUGAUCGGGCAGCUCGUUGCCAAAAACUUUGUUGAUCGCCAAAUCGCCGGAACAAUCGUCAACAUUUCGUCUGUCGCCGGAAUUAGACCACUCGAAAAUCACACCGUAUACUGCGCUUCGAAAGCUGCUCUCGAUAUGGUUACAAGAACAAUGGCAAUGGAGCUCGGAUCGCAGAACAUUCGCGUGAACAGCGUCAAUCCAACCGUUGUCAUGACAGACAUGGGCAUCGCUAAUUGGAAGGACCCCGCGAAACGACGAGCACUACUCGAUAAAACACCGCUCAAUCGAUUCGCCGAAAUCGACGAGGUCGUCAACGCCACAUUGUACCUUCUUUCCGACGCCUCGUCAAUGACAACCGGAACUGUUCUUCCGGUCGAUGGAGGAUGCGCAACAAUCUAG